UUGCUUUACUAUUGGUUGUGAAUAGACACCAAAAGUGCAACAAGAAAAUAUGUUUCUCUAUCCUCAUGUCUAUUAAGACUGUAACACCUAUGCAAAUUUGAACCAGAGGAACUAAAUACACAUAGGGAACGUCUAAAAGGAAAACACACAAGCAAAAUCUUCGAGUUCUUGCAUCUCUCUAUAUGUCUAGAUGAUGUAUACCAUUUCACAGAACUGGAAAUGGGCAAGAAAAAACCACUUGCUAGCGAUCUUCUCUCUCAUUUUACUGCAAUACCAUCUCCAUGCCUCAGUGAUAUUUGCUCAGGCCAAAAGUAGUGUACAUGUUGUAUAUAUGGGAUGGAAUAGGGAUGAUGAUCCAGCAACAACCAAAAAAUAUCACCAUAAAAUUCUAUCAAGCUUGCUAGGAAGCAAAGAAGCUGCAAAAAGUUCCAUGCUUUAUAGCUAUAAGCAUGGCUUUUCUGGGUUUGCUGCAAGAUUGACAGAAUCUCAGGCAGAAGCGAUUGCAGACUUUCGUGGAGUUGUCCAAGUGAUACCGAAUCGCAUUCACAAGCUUCAUACAACCAGAAGCUGGGACUUCAUUGGGAUCAAUCAUCAUUCUCCAACAAAUCUCCUAACAAAAAGCAACAUGGGUGAAGGAACUAUCAUUGGUGUGAUAGAUACAGGAGUUUGGCCAGAGUCUGAGAGUUUCAAUGAUGAAGACAUGGGUCCAGUUCCAUCACAUUGGAAAGGAAUUUGCCAACAAGGAGAGCGCUUCAACUCCACAAAUUGCAACAAGAAACUUAUUGGAGCUCGUUGGUUUAUAAAAGGAGUGAGGGAUAAAAUCAAAAUUCCUAGUAAUGAAACUGACACCAUCGAGUUUCUAUCACCACGAGAUGGAGUUGGACAUGGAACUCAUGCAGCUUCUAUAGCAGCCGGCUAUUUUGUUAAAAAUGCAAACUAUAAAGGACUAGCUUCUGGUAUAGCCAGAGGUGGAGCACCUCUUGCUCACCUUGCUAUUUACAAAGCUUGUUGGUCAUUUGACACUGAAGUCUGCACAGAUGCAGACCUUCUAAAAGCAUUUGAUAAAGCCAUACAUGACGGAGUGGAUAUCCUAUCCAUAUCUGUUGGCAAUGAGAUUCCAUUGUUCUCCUACGUCGAUCUACGUGAUACGAUUGCAAUUGGUUCCUUCCAUGCAACCGUAAAAGGGAUCAUCGUAGUUUGCUCUGCCGGAAAUGAUGGCCCUAUCUCGCAAACAGUAUCGAACACUGCACCCUGGCUCAUCACCACCGCAGCCACCACAAUAGACAGGGCCUUUCCAGUAGGCAUUACACUUGGAAAUAACCGCACCAUAUGGGGUCUAUCUAUUGAUAUUGGGAAACAUCAUCACAAUUUCACCAGCCUUACAUAUUCAGAACGCAUAGCUAUAGAUUCCACGGACGAUUUAGCCAAGGAUUGUCGACGUGGAAGUCUCAAUGCAACGAUGGCGGCAGGGAAGAUUGUACUUUGUUUCUCAAAAUCAAACGAACAGGAUAUAGCCUCUGCUUCAACUUCUGUGCUGGAGGCAGGAGGAGUUGGAAUCAUAUUUGCACAUUUUGAUAAUGAUGGUCUUCAGUCAUGCAAUAUAAUCCCAUGUAUUAAAGUCGAUUAUGAAGUAGGGGCACAAAUACUUUCCUACAUCAGAAAGGCAAGGUCUCCAACUGUAAAGUUAAGUAUGCCAAGGUCUGUCAUUGGGAAAUGGGUAUCUCCACGAGUUGCAUCUUUCUCAUCCAGAGGACCAAGUUCCAUGUCCCCAUCAGUACUAAAGCCUGACAUUGCAGCACCUGGUGUUGACAUCUUAGCUGCAUUUCGACCAUCUGAAACAAAUCACAACGAUGGGUUUGCACUUCUAUCAGGAACUUCAAUGGCUUGCCCCCAUGUGGCAGGAAUAGCAGCUCUACUUAAAUCAGUACAUGGGAAUUGGUCUCCUGCAGCUAUAAGAUCAGCUCUGGUCACAACCGCUUCCCAGAUUGGAACAGAUGGAACAAGUAUAUCUGAAGAUGGUCCUAAUCGAAAGGCAACCGAUCCCUUCGACAUAGGCGGUGGGCAUAUUAAUCCCAACAAAGCAGUGGAUCCAGGGCUGAUUUACAAUAUCAGCGCAAAUGAUUAUGUUCAGUUCCUCUGCUCCAUGGGAUACAGCAGUGCCUCCAUCACAAGUUUAAUCAAGACCACAAUCAAUUGUGCGGAGGAGAGCCAUUUUGGACUGAAUCUCAACCUCCCUUCUAUCACAAUCCCAAACCUGCAGAGAACAGUAACAGUAACAAGAUCAGUGACAAAUGUAGGAUACUUUACUUCGGUGUAUAAAGUUGCAGUGCAGGCUCCAUAUGGCAUGAAAAUGACUGUUAAGCCUCAAACUUUGAGUUUCAAUUCAACCACCCAAAUUCUUUCCUUCAAAGUUACCUUCUUCUCAACCCAAAAACUACAUGGAGACUACAAAUUCGGAAGUCUAACUUGGACUGAUGGUAAGCAUCUUGUUAGGAUUCCUAUAGCUGUACGUGUUAUCGAGUUUGAAUCGUAUGCAUAUGUAUGAUAUGAACGGAAAAAAAAAGUUCAGUCAGUGAUUGCAAAAAGGAACAUGGGAAAAAUAAAACGACAAGCAGGGAACUAUUCGUGCAUUUGAUGAAUGGUUGUUAUUACA